AUGGCUCGGCUCGACAAGCAGAAGGCCUGCCUAGCCUGCACGGAGUCCAAACGCCGUUGCGACAAGAGGCUCCCGAUGUGUACCCGCUGCGAUGACAGGGAUGUGGACUGCCAGUACCCCGUCACAAAGAGACGUCGCCCUCUCCAUCACGACAGGCCAUUCCUUGAUACCCCUACGCAGCAGCAGCAACAUCAAUCCAACGAUGCCACCACGAUGGCCGAUGCCCUGGAAUUCGAUGCCGGGUCUCUCGCCGCCGGGAUCUGGGGGAGCAUGCCCUGGUUGAACCUGGACUUCACGUCCACGACCACCCUCGGCCUUCAACCCGCGUCGUCGUCGUCGGGCCUCACCGGACCGUCGCCCGCACCCGCCAGACACCCGCCGCCGCAGGAAUCCUCCGAAUCCUCCCGGCAGACACACAACAACAACAACAAACCGCAGCACAGCCAGCCGACCGCGGCCGAGACCUCCCUCGCCGAGAGCAGGUGGUUCCUCGCCCCCUCCAGCUGGCGCAUCGAACACUGGCCCGUCCCGGCCCACGACGCCUACCCGGCCGCCGUCAUGACCAACUUCAACCGUGGCCUGCAGGCCUGGGUCCGCCGCUGGGCCACGCAGGGCCACAACCCCUUCAUCCACCGCGCCCUCUACGCCGAGGGCGGCCACUUCCCCGCCUGCGUCCAGGACGCCUUCACCACCGCCGCCGCCUGCCACCACAAGACGCCCCAGAACGAGGCUUUUGUCCACCGUAUCCUCGACGAGCGCGCCGCCGCCCUCGUCGCCGCCGGCGCCGCCAACCCCCCCAUGCCGCUCGAGACGCGCGACCACCUCGCCCGCGUCCACGCGCUGCACGUCUACACCGUCCUCCGCCUCUACGACGGCGACGUCAGCCAGCGCGCCGCCGCCGAGUCCCACCUCCCCGUCCUCGACCUCUGGAGCAGACAGCUCUGGGACUCCGCCAUCGCGGACGUGACCACUCUCGCGCGCGGCUGGAUGCCCGCUCACUCCAAUUUUUGUCCCAGCAACCCCACCUCCUCGGCCUCGUUCUCACCCCCCGCCGCCGACGCCGCAAGGACCGAGACUGCCGGUCUGGAGAGCACGUACGAGUCGGACCUCGUAGCCUGGAACCUCUGGGUGCUCUCCGAGUCCAUCCGGCGCACCUGGAUCGUCGUCGGCUGCACCAUCGGCGUCUACAAAGCCCUCAAGGGCCAGUGGGGCGUGUGCCCCGGCGGCUCCCUCUUCACCGCCCGCGCCGGCCUGUGGGACGCGCCCUCGGCCCCGCGGUGGGCGGCGCUCCGACGCGACCUUGCUGCCGGUGCCGGCGACGGACUCGGCGACGGCGACUUCUUCGUGCAGUCGGGGGACGGGGAGAGGAUAUUCCGCAACGCGGCGGCCGCCGAGGUGGACGAGUUCGCGAGGCACCUGUUCACGUGCAUCUGGGGGCUCGACCGGCUCGAGGACUGGGCUUUGAGGACGGCUUCCAAGGGCGAGGUCAACUUGGUGUAUUGA